ACAGAGGCCUUCCCAGCAGCAUCCUUGCGUUUGUCAUGGUCCUCUUCGGUGGUCGCGGAGGUGGCGCCGGCCGCGGCGCUGUGUCAGGUCCUGCUCCAAGCUCUACCCUGUCGGACCGCUUCGACCGACUGCACGUAAAAUCUACGGCCGCUUUCACGGGCGGGGGACGGGACGUUCGACGUACUCAGGUCCAGAUGACGCAGCAGCAGAAACGGAAUGCCGCUCAAGCCGCAUUUCGAGGUCAGACUGUUCAGGUGGUUUUACCCAAACAGCAGUUACAACGGGGAGGAAUACGCGUGGGGGGGAGG